AAAAAAUAGAUAUUCUUCGAAAUUAUGAAUAAUCUUUUCGUUUUGGUCUUUGUAAUUACUUUGAGUGUUGGAUCGAACAACGCUAGUAGAGUUUUUCCAAAAAAUCAAUUAUAUUUUAGAAACUCUUUUAGCAGGACUGAUGAAGUUCUUACAGUUCAAUGCAAAUCAGAUGAUGAUGAUCUCGGUAUUCACUCAGUGCAACGUUCAUACGUAUAUACUUUUAAGUUUGGGGAUAGCAUUUUCGGUGAGACUAAGUUUGUUUGCACACUAAAGCAUGGGGUUAAUUCUCAAUACUCUGUAACAUUUACUGCGUAUAAACAGAAUCAUUCUAUAAGAUUUGGCGCCAUAAAAGUUUGGGAGGCUUUAGAUGAUGGGAUCUACCUCACGGAUGAAGAUCAUCAUUUUUUGAAAAUGUAUGGUUGGGUAAAAUCUUAG